AUGGUGCUGUUCAAGCGCAAACCCGUGCGGUUCGAACCACCUCCAGCGCUCAAAGAUGAUCAAGAGGUGUGGUAUAUAGAGAAGACGGGCGAGGUCUUCACCACAUACGAAGACUAUCUGGCAAGAAUGGACUUCUACAAACAGCGGUUCAACUGCCAAAUCACUGGACACUCUAACCUCUCCUUUUUCGAGGCAUUGGAGAGUGAGCGAGCCGGUGCCGCCGAGGUCGAGCAAGCCUUUCCCGAAGCCCUCAAGGGACCCGUCCUUCGCCGCGUCCAGUUCCAGACAGUCUCCCGCAUUGAUACUCUGGUCGACCAAAUCUACGACGAGUUCAAGGCAGACUACCAUCCUGGUGAGUCUGUCACGGUGACACUCUACGACGGAGAACGGCUACACGGUACUGUUCGUGAUAAGACGAGAUAUGGCAGCAAGGUUCUCCCAGACGGGACCCUCACUCCGCCUUACACGCGUUACAUUGUCAGUCUCGACGACCGUCCAGGCGAGGAGGCUGUUGUCGAGGAGGCAAACAUAUUUCGUGACCGCAAAGUGUUCACCAAGUCGGUCCUACGGUCAUUUAUCAAGAAGACGGUCGCAAGGGAGGCAUGGAAUGGCGCACCCUGGUUGGUGAAGAAUGACGUGGCUGAGCAAUACCACAUCGACACGAGAGUUCCAAUUAAUCUACAGUACAACAACAAGGUUCUGGAGCGAAAGCAGAUGUUGGCUCAGAGAAAGCUGCAGCAACAGCCCCACGACGUCAGCAGUCUUCUCAAUAGCAGCCCCAGCAGUCCCGAAUCUCCUAUGAACGGCGGCGGCUUUCGCUUGCCCGAGCUGAAGCCAGCGCCUAAAAGUCACAAGGCCAAGCACAUCCAAUUGGCCCAGCAACAGCGGCAACUUCAGCACCAGAAGCAACAGCAGCACCCCAACCCACAAAACGGGGCGGCAAAGGCGCGGCCAAACGGGUUUGCGCACCACGCAGAGCCCGGCCAGUUCCAGCACCUCCCGCUUCCUAAUAAUCCGUUUCAAUUCUCCUUGUCCAUGAGAAACACCCCGACGCUUCCGGCACAUACCGCCCCAGAGGUGCCCUCGCAGCCGCCUCCACCUCCACCUCCAAAGUACCCCAUCGAGGAUCUCCAGCUCGAGCCGAGCGAUGCAACGCGCCCAACUCUCAAGUUCCUAUGCAAUGACCCACCUGUGGAUCUAGCCGAGACGGUCGUACCACCGUUUGCCAAGAAGAUCCUGAUGAAGUCUGUCGGGCCGCUAUUGGAGACCUGGGACUCGUUGAAUGUGUAUUGCGAGAUCUUUAAGCUGGACUCAUUCACUUUCGAUGAUUUUAUAGAGGCAAUGCUCUCUGCAAAUGACGAUACCCCGGUUCAGCUGUUUGACGAAAUCCAUUGCGCUGUUCUCAAGACGCUUGUCCAAUCCGAGGCAGAUGGUGGAGAGGUGCAAAUUCAGCUCCCCGAGCUGGAUGACAACGAAGAUGAUGAUGAUGACGAUAAUGAUGCCGAUGACGACGACGCCGAGCCCGAGCCCGAGCCAAAACCGGCCACCCGCGCUACAAGGAGUAGCGUAGCCAAAUUGGAAGCCGAGCGACUGGCUGCCGAGGCUGCCGCGGCCGAGAAGGAGAAGGAGAGCGAACCUAUCAUUGUGCAUCGUGCCGAGGACGUCUUGGCCGACUACGACUGGAUCGAUCAGCUCCGGAAGAGAAACUUUCAGGACGGGGGUUGGCAGCUAAUGAUGGUUGGCCUACUCUAUCAGCUGUCGAAAGACGAACGUCGCCAGGUCGUCUGCGAGGCUUUGCUGUCGGAAAUUGUCCCGCCAAACGUCGAAGCAACCAAAGAAACUGUGCGGCAACACUACUCGGCCCUCGACAUCAACAACCGUGUGCAGGCACUCCAGAUCAUCUGCAUGCUAACCGUUGAUACGAAGGCCUUCCGUGGUUAUAUGGAAGACUGCAGUGAACAGAUGACCAAGUAUCGGAAGGAGAAGAUUGAAUGGCAGCGGGCGAGAAAACAAGCAAUCGAGGAUUUGAAACCGCUAAACGACCAGCGUAAAAUUCUCCUGCCGGAUAACCUCCCACCUUCUCCUCCUCUGGAUUAUCCUCUGGAGCCGGCCAAGUUGGACGCGGAUGUGAAAAUGAGCGAUGCCGAGGACUUAGCCGAGGACCGUGCCGCUCAGCGGAAGCGCAAGAGAGAAGAGCAAUAUGAGCGCAAGCGGGAAGCCGAAGCAGCUGCAAAGGUGCCCAAGCAGUCCAAGCAGUUUAUCAAAGUUAAGCGGGACAUCGAGAAAAAAGAGGCUGAAAUCAAAAGUUGCGAGGAAGAGAUUGCCAUCCUCGACAACGACCUGCGCGAGGCCGAUUGCCCACGCACGCGUGUUCUUGGCAAGGACCGCUUCUGGAACCGGUAUUAUUGGUUCGAACGCAACGGCAUGCCCUACGGCGGGCUGCCCACAAGCUCGACCGCCACGGCUAAUUAUGCCAACGGCUGCCUCUGGGUGCAAGGCCCUGACCAACUGGAACGCGAGGGCUAUAUCGACAUGGCGCCCGAAUACCAGAAUGAGUACAAGGCCAAGUUCGACAUGACCGUUCCAGAGCGCAAGAAGCGGGAAGAGGGGGCGACGAGUCUGUUCGACGCAGGCCAGUGGGGUUUCUUCUCGGAGCCUGAAGAUCUGGACGCGCUGAUCGACUGGCUGGACCCGCGAGGCUUCAAUGAAAUGAGGCUGCGCAAAGAACUGGUCAUAUUCCGCAGCAAGAUCAUUGCGAACAUGGGGAACCGUCAUCAAUAUGUGUCUCAGCCAGACAGUGAAGUCAGUGAGGAUAAGGACAAAAACAAGGCUACACCAGUACCAAUCACAUCAUCAGGGAAGCGCAUGAGCACUCGCACUCGAGCGGCGCUAACACCGGAGCUAACACCGCCUACUUUGCGCUGCACCAGUUGGGUCAACAGCAUGGCCAUCGACGACCUCGGCCAUGUCCAUAGCGAACAGCCUCCUCCAGUCCGGCCACGGAAGCAGAGCCGGAAGAAGGAGGCUGCUGCUGCCAGCGAGGCAUCGGAACCACCGCGGAAGAAGGCCAUGACGCGACAAGGAACUCGAUACCACUCCUGA